AUGGCGCUCAGUCUCUGGCUGUGUCUGCUCGCCCCGGCUCUGCAAGUCACCAGCCAGGAGUCCUGCCACCCGGAGGGCUCCCUGCCGGCUCCCCAGCUCUCUCUGAAUGUGUCCCUGGCCCAUGCUGGGGACACGGUUACCUUUCGGUGUCUGGUCCCAGGAGAGUCCCCCAUGACCCGCGUUAUCUUCUGCGAGGACGGGCAGGAAGCUGCAAGUCAACCGAUCACCCCCGGGCGAUUCUCGUACGACUUCACACAUCGUGUCUCCGGCCCGGGGGACGCCGGGGAUUUCUCCUGCUGGUACCAGCACAGGGGUGACAAUAACGAGCUGGUUAAUUCCAACCUGAGCACCCCCAAGACCCUGAGUGUGACAGCCUGGGACCUGUACCUGAUCCUGGGCAUCUUGGUGCCCUGCGCCCUGCUGCUGGGGCUGCUGGGGCUGCUCGGGGUGGCAUCGUCCAGGCGAAGACCCAGGGAGCCAGGCCCCAGUGGCGGUGAGGCUGGCGUCAGUGAUCCUUACGGUGGCUAUGGUGGUGGUGGAGACACUGAGGAGCAGCUGCACUAUGCUGCCCCCCAAGAACGAGGACGCGGUGACAUACGCGGCGCUGAGGACGUAGAGGGGACGUCUCACGCCCGAGGGGCACCAGGACUCAUGGGCGCAGAGGCUGAUGCUGGGGGGCAGAGAGGGCGCUGGCUGGGUACGGGGACCACGCUGGAGCCUGGGAGUUGGCUGGAGGCAUCGGGUGCUGCUGGCAUCCCCAGGAAAGCCAGUCUGAGCCUUUGUUCACCCCUCAAGCAAGGCGUGUUCCUAGCACGACCCCCAGCCUCAGGGCUGGGCUCUGAACACUGCUCAGCCACCCCAGGAGCGGAGCAGGCACCUGCCCUGCUGCCCCUUGGAGCUGGGGGCAGCUGGCUGGGUGUGACCCACUCCCAGGUUCACCCCACAGCCUCUCCCGCAUCAGUGCCCUCUCAUGGCCCCAGCAGCCUGAGAGCCAGGCACUUCGGACCCAGCCGGGUAGCAACGGCCGGGGUCGCUGGGUUAAUAAAACAAGCCGCGUCCUGCUGCAAUGACCAAACCAGCCAGGCUCAGGGUGCCACCUCCCUGCAUCCAUCUGUCUGUGUCUGGGGGCUUAGCUCACUCCCUGCAGCACAGCGCCCCCUACUGAGCCCCGUCCUACUCCCUGCAGAAAAUGAGACCAACUUUUAA